UGAUUCUGAGAUGAACACUCAUCUUCUGAAUCAAACUUGUAACUCAAGUCCUGCAAGUCCUGCUAGUUUUCUCACUCCACCUUGUGAGAGAAAUGGUGUUUUUUGUACACAAAGUCCAGAAUCUAUUCUCAGGCUUGCUGCUGAGACCUUCCCUAAUACUCCAUCUAUAUUGCGGAAGAGAAAAACUCAAGUUGCAAAGCAUUUGUUUUCUAAUAAAACUACAAAAGUAGAUGGGGAGAUUGUAAAAGACAGGGUUGAUUCUCCUGAUGUAGGGAGUAAUGGUAGUCUGGAGAAAUCCAUGUCUCAGAAUACAAGUGUCUAUGAUAGUCCUUGCCUCAGCAAUGGUGCCAGUGCCACUCUGUGCAAUGGUGGUGCUUUUAGUGCAUCUCCGCCAUAUCGGUUAAGAUCCAAACGAACUGCUCUUCUCAAAUCUGUGGAGAAACAGCUUGAUUUCACCUUUGAGGAAAUGAAGCUGGAUGGCAGUACAAAAUCGGUUGAUGUACCUAUGAAGGAGAAUGUUCAUAAUGCAGAGGGACCUUCUUCACAUGUUACAAAGAUGGUUUCAAUCCAGGAAUUGAAAGUGGACUAGUGGUGGAAGUAUUCUUAAAGUUUCUCGAAGUGGUGAUAAAUGGUAAACAUCCACCAGGGGGUUGAUGACAAGCAACCAUCUGCAUUGGAGAUCUGGUAAUCUGUCUUCAAUGCUUCACGUUUGUUGUCACAGAGACGGCUUGGGUUGGGAGAUUCGUUCCCAUCAAAUGGUUACCACGAUAGAAGAAAUUCAAAAGUAGAUGCUCCUUUAAAAAUAAAUGCAGUGGUAGAAGAUGGGGCACUUCCAAGUCUGUACAGAAAUCAUUUGAUAAAUGGGAAUUUGGUUGGUAUUACAUCCGGGUUUAUAAGAUGACUUCUCCUUUCCAAUACAUUUUUGUUUGUCAUCGGCUGUCAAUAUCAUACUAACAGCUCCAUUAGCACAGUGCUUCCCCACUUGUAAUUUAAGAAGGCCGUCAUCCCUUUUUUUUUGGAGUUUAUUGGAUUCAACUGUAUCUUUUGCUAUGCUUCCAAGUGUACAUGCUUUACUACUUCAAUGUUACAGCUUCUGAUUCUCUUGAGUGUUGAA